AUGGGGCCCUGGGGAGAACCGGAGCUCCUGGUGUGGCGCCCAGAGGCGGUCGCCUCGGACCCCCCGCUGCCCGUGGGGCUGGAGGUGAAGCUGGGGGCCCUGGUGCUCCUGCUGGUGCUCACGCUCGUCUGCAGUCUGGUGCCCAUCUGUGUGCUGCGCCGGCCCGGAGCGAGCCCCGAAGCCUCGGCCUUUCGCCAGAAAGCCCUGAGCCUGGUGAGCUGCUUUGCCGGGGGUGUGUUUCUGGCCACCUGUCUCCUGGACCUGCUGCCUGACUACCUGUCUGCCAUAGACGAGGCCCUGGCAGCCCUGCACGUGACGCUUCAGUUUCCCCUACAAGAGUUUAUCCUGGCCAUGGGCUUCUUCCUGGUCCUGGUGAUGGAGCAGAUCACGCUGGCGUACAGGGAGCAGUCGGUGCCACCGCCUCGAGAGGAGACGAGAGCGCUGCUGGGAACAAUGAAUGGUGGGCCGCAGCACUGGCACGACGGCCAAGGCUUCCCACAGGCCAGCGGAGCUCUGGCAGCUCCCUCAGCCCUGCGUGCCUGUGUGCUGGUCUUCUCCCUGGCUCUGCACUCGGUGUUCGAGGGGCUGGCAGUGGGACUGCAGCGAGACCGGGCUCGGGCCAUGGAGCUGUGCCUGGCUCUGCUGCUCCACAAGGGUAUUCUGGCCGUCAGCUUGUCCCUGAGGCUGCUGCAGAGCCACCUGCGAGCAAAGGUGGUGGCUGGCUGUGGCAUUCUCUUCUCAUGCAUGACACCUCUGGGCAUCGGGCUGGGUGCGGCUCUGGCACAGUCAGCUGGCCCACUGCACCAGCUGGCCCAGUCUGUGCUGGAGGGCAUGGCAGCCGGCACCUUUCUCUAUAUCACUUUCUUGGAAAUCCUGCCCCAGGAGCUGGCCACUUCCGACCAGAGGAUCCUCAAGGUCAUUCUGCUCCUAUCAGGCUUUGCCCUACUGACUGGCCUACUCUUCAUCCAAGUCUAG